GGGUUUUGUGUCUCACCGCUUGCCGUCUGUCCUAUUGAACUACUGGAUACUGUUGCCGGAUGCCAGAUAACUGCCAACUGUACAGUACAGCCUGUCCAACGUCACCAUGCCAGCACCCUCGCCCCUUCCAACCAAGCUCUACAAGAUUCUCCCUUCCGCCCCGCCAUCACCUCUGCCUGAGCGCCUGCCACUCUCGUCUCUCGACCGCAACGAUGGCUACAUCCACCUAUCAACGGCGGAACAAGUUCCCGGUACUGCCGACAAAUUCUUCGGCGACGCCUCAGAGCUGUGGCUGCUGAAGAUCAAGUACCAUGUGCUGGCGGCGGGUACAGACGGCAAUGGCGAGGUUGUUGCCGAUAACAAGGCCGAGGUCAAGUGGGAGUAUGUAGGACGAGGAUGCUUUGCGCAUCUCUACGGAGCCGAUCUGGGCAGUGGUAAUGUGGAGAGUGUGCACAAGGUGGAGAAGAAGGGUACCUGGGCAGAUAGCUUGAGCUUGGAGUGGUAGGUGCGGGCUUCAAGUCAUGCACAUCACCACAUGUGUCAAAAGCGAACUAGCACGACAUCAGCAGUUCCAGGUAUUCUGACGCCAUAUCCCGAAAUAAAUCUAAAGCACAUUUGAUCCAGACUCCCUGCAAUAUAGCAAACGCUAGGUGAACAACAAUACUUCAUGCACUCAGCAUGUCUCUCGACAUCA